AAAUAGGCUUUGGAGCUUUUUAUUUAAAAAAACAACUCAUUUACGAGGAAAGCUGUCAUCGAACAACAUGUUGCAGUGGUUUAUCUUGUUACAUUUUUUCGUUGAAUUUGGCAAUGGACAAAUCCCUCCAGGGUGUGAGGUGACUACUACUACUGGAUAUCGUUACUCGCAGUUCUAUCAUUUACAUUCUAGUCCGGAUGGAACAAUGGAGUUACGUUUUCGCGUUAUGGCCAAAAGUGACGCUCAUAUUGUUCUUACGACAUCUCCACUGGUUUUGAAUCCGCUUUACGAAAUUGUGAUUGGCGCAUCAGGCAACAAUUAUACAGAUUUAAGAAGAACUAUGACCGGGCGUUCCGUUAGUGCCGUGAAAACGCCUUCAUUACUUUCUGAUACCGAGUUUCGGGGAUUUUGGGUCAUGGUACGUCAAGGCGAGAUUGAAGUUGGAAGAGAAGGCGAGACAUUACCAUAUUUUCAUUGGAAAGACCCGGAUCCGUUGCCUGUACAUUACUACUCCCUAUCAAGCUGGACUUCUACUGUAGCCAAAUGGAUUCAAAAUUGCAACUUCGGAGGAAAAACGUCAUGGCUUACUCCGCCUGACAACUCGUCUUCGGAUGUUGCUGGGGCCACACCACCCCAAUCAGGUGAAUCUUAUUACAAUGCUGAAGAGAAGUUAAAGGCAAAUUUACUUGCAACUUACAACAAAGACGUCCGGCCUUCUUCUUAUCACCGUACCCCAGUUUCUGUCUUUCUAGGACUGGGCCUUUUCCACUUUGACCUUAGUGAAAUUAUGUCAAGUUUUGAAAUCCAUGCUGCAUUUCGAAUGGCGUGGAGAGAUGAACGUCUCCAAUGGAAUGCUAGCGCUUAUGAAAAUGUUACGGUCCUCCAUUUCCCGAGUCACGCAAUAUGGCAGCCUGAUUUAAAAUUGUACAAUAGUAUGAGUGCCGCAGACAUCAUUCAUUUGGGAGAAGGUGCCUUAGUUAUGGUUUACCCUGAUGGUGGAGUUCUUUUGGCCCCCUCCACCACGUCGUUUUCAUCUCAGUGUCACCUCGAUCUCAGAAUGUGGCCGUGGGAUAGGCAGACUUGCACAUUAAUGAUUGGAUCGUGGACACAAAGCGGUUGGGGGAUUGAUCUGAAAUUAUACGACAAUUACGAUGAAAUAGGCGGGAUAGUAGAGUACGCCUUGAACACGAAGGAUCUUUUCACAACUAACUUACAGUGGGAACUGCUGAGUUCAAACGCCAGCAUGAAAUUUCAUUCUUACGGUGAAUGUUCGGAAAUUCAUGGCUGUCCAGAUGAUCAGUAUCCGGUUGCAUAUUUUACCUUUGUUAUUCAACGAAGAUCGCCGUUGUACCGAGCAACAGUCACUGUGCCGGCCAUAAUGAUUACCAUUCUGACGCUAGUUGCCUUCAUUCUCCCACCAAAUUCUACUGAAAAAGUGCUAAUUGGCUUGGUAGACUUACUAAUUCUCAGCGUAUUUCUGGUCUACUUUAGCAGCUUAUUACCCCCCAUGGGUGACCAUAUGCCUCAUAUCGUGACCUAUUUGUCAAACACAUUGAUUUUGGUUGCCUUGUCACUAGUGCUGGCAGUAGUAACAAUGACCAUGGUCAGAACACCAAGAAUGUACGGCCCCCCUGGUUGGGUCAAAAGUAUCGUCACAGGAUUACCCGGAAAAUUAUUAGGGUUGGGCCAUAUAAUUACACUGGUAAACCAUGUUAGCAGUAACAGAGGAUCACAGCAACAAGGCAUGGAUGAUUACACUCUCCAUGUCGAUUCGGGUGAUCAUGAUGUAAACCUAGUCAACACCUCUACGGAUCGACGCGUACCGGUUACACAUUUCCGCGGAGCAACCAAAGACAUGAAUCCAUCCGAACUGGAGUGGCUUCUACUAGCUUAUGGCUUGGACCGAUUGGCAUUUAUAGUAUACAUCUUUUUUUUCUUUAUUAUGAUGGCUAUGUGUUUUUGAAGGCUCCCGAAUUUUGACAACCACGGCAGUAUGUCGUGUUG